AUGUUCCUAACCUUAAUUGCGUUUUUAAUUGUGAAGCAAGUUGUAACAAACCAACAAAUACUUAUAGAAAAUAAACUGGAAGAGAUAUCGUUAAAUCAAUGUCUCACAGAAUUAAUUUCCAAAAAUUUUCCAGAAAACCUUCACGUUACCGUUAUUUUACCAAAAUUGAAUGCUGAAAUUAAUCAGGUUGCUACGGAAUUACUUUCUACAAUAUAUUUAUCCCAAAUUCGGUUAGUAGAAAUAAAAUCAAGCAAUAAGGAAGCUCAAACUUUUCUACGAUACAUCAUGACCAAAGAAAUACGACAAAAUUUUAUAAUUUUCUUAGACGAUGAUCCUGAAGACGAUCUGAAUGUUGACAUAUAUUAUUGGAAUCCAUAUUCCGUGAGAUUUAUUGCAGUGACAUUAGAAAAUAAUAUUUCGUUAAAAAAGAUUGAUAAAAUAUUUAAUUUUCUCAGCAAAAAAUUUAUUAAUAAUGUUAUACUUUUGACCAAAAAUGAAAUAAACGGUGAUGUUUUUAAUAUUUAUAACCAAAAACAAAAUUAUAAAAAUUGUAUUGUUCAAUCUAAGACUACUAGACUUUUAGAAACAUGCACGUUUGGAAAUUUCAGUAGAAAUGUCAAACUAUUUAAGGCAAGACGACAUAUAAGCAAACAACAACUAAAAAACUGCACUAUUAGGGCUGGUGUAUUUGUCGCACCACCAUAUGUCAAAAAAUACAAAAAUUGGAACACUAUACCUUUAAAACAACGUUUUUAUGGAUUGGAAAUAAAUCUACUAAAAUUAAUAACCAAAAAACUAAAUUACAAAAUACAAUACGUCGAACAUGAUAUAAUGGGAGAUGUAUUAUCAAAUUUUUCUACAACUGGAAAUUUCGAUAAUCUGUUGACAGAUAAAGUUGAUAUUAUUAUAGGAGUGAGAAAUGCGAACAGUUACAAAUGGGUAAGAAUCAAGAAAGUUAGACUGGAAGGUGCUUCGUAUGUAAACAGUGUUGGUAACGAAGUUCCAGCUCGCCAGUAUGGAGGUGAUUGCAGAUGUCGUUGGAAAUGCACUGACAAAUUCACAGAUGAUCAAAAGACAUCUCUCAUCGAAAAUUUCUCCAAACUAUCGAGUAAAGAUGCUCAGGAUGUCUACCUGCAAAGCAGAGUCAAAUUGGAGCCUGUGAAGCGCCAGAGAUCAAGAAAAAAUGUGUUUGUUCGUUUAUUCGGCAUAACAGAGAAAAGACUCCGACAUCUGACUUCACUGCUGCAGCAGGGGAAUAUCCCAAAAGAUAUGAGAGGUCAACAAGACAAUCGAUAUAAGAUGCCUGAGUCAGACUGCCAAGAAAUCAGGGCGCAUAUAAAUAAAUUCCCUACAAAAACUGCACGCUACUCAAACUCGGAGGUCAAGUAUCUAAGUGCAGAGCUCACUAUAAAAGCAAUGUAUGAGCUGUUUAAAGAAGAGCACCCAGACUCGAGAGUUUCCUACUUUUAUUACCAAAAGUUUUUCAGACAGCACUUUGACUUGAAGUUUGGAAGGCCUCAAAAAGACACCUGUUCAAAAUGUGAAGAGCUGAUAACAAAAAAGAAUAGUAACGAACUCAACCCACAUGCCAAGAGGGUGGCUGAGGCUGAAUUAGAGGUACAUAAAAGGAGAUCAAGAAAGUUUUACUCCAAAAUGAAAUCUAUGGAAUCUCUGGGUAGGGAUGACAUUGCAGGGAUAUCUAUGGAUUUUAUGCAAAAUCUUCCCCUUCCUCACAUCCCCGUACAAGAGGUGUUCUAUUAUCGGCAACUCUGGGUUAACGUCUUUAAUAUUCAUCAUAUCAGCGCUGGUAACUCAAUGUAUUACGUUUAUCAUGAAGGCCAAGCCAAAAAAGGUCCAGACGAAGUGCGACACCUUCAUCUUUUCUCCGAUGCAUGUGGUGGCCAGAAUCGGAACCACACUUUACUGAGAUUCUUGUGUGCAUUGGUUCAAACAAAGAGGUUUGAGACUAUCAACUACUACACGCCCAUCCGUGGUCAUUCUUUCAUGCCAAAUGACAGAAAUUUUGGCACCCUGAAGAGACGAAUAAAACGGCUUGAUAGAGUAUACGUUCCCAAGCAAUAA